CUCGGUGGCGUACAAGAUGGGCGAACCAAGCCGACUGAGUGUCACGUACUGCACCAUCCCACCUGUUGCUAUGAUGACUGCUGUGGGAGCGCAUGCACCCAUUGUUGCCGCCUUCCGCAAUGGCCCUCCCGCCGCCCUGGAUGCCGCAGCCGCCGCCGGCGAGACGGUCUCCUUCUCCCACACCACCCGUGGCCGCAACGGAUCCCUCGAGUGCAAGAUGGACGGAUACACGUACGCUGGUACAACGCAAGGCACCAGCGCAAUGGGCUCCGAGUACUACGUCGGUGUGGUGGGGAGCGACGAGUCGAUGACCCUGUACAAGGCAUCGCAUGCGUACGAGGUGAUGCAGAUGCUGGAUGCGGCCAAGGAGAUCGACGACGCAAUGGUGGCCAAGUUCAAGGCCCAGGAUCACUCGGCCCCGAUCGAGUACAUGGACACGCUCGCCGGGCGCGACCGGCUCGUCGCCACCUUUGCCGACCAGCGGAACAAGAGCGGCCUGAUCAAGGCCCGCCAGCAGGUCAUUUCCGAGGACAAGCUCGAAUCACCGCUGGUCGGCAAGGUCCUCGAGUCGGCGCUCGAGGCCAAGGCGCUCGAGACGGCGUCCAAGUCAGAGCUCGACGAGCAGUUCCUCACCCAGAAGCCCAUCCCGCCGUUCAACAUGGCUGCCACCGAGCCCGAGGACGCGUACCCGCUGGAGCGGAUACUGCCCAUGGUUGACAUGCAGGCCGUUGACGCCCGCCCGCUCGUCGACGAGGCCAAGUCGCUGAGCCAGGGCGCGCUGCCAUCCGACUGGGUUGAGCAGCUGCCGUCGGUCAUCGCCGAAUCGCUCACCAGCCUCUCCGCCGCCAAGUCGCCGUCGGACAAGCGCCGCAUGGCCGCCACCCUGACCAUGGCCACCGUGCUCAUCGAGCUCUCGCGCGCCCGCGCUUCGGCCGUCAACCAGAGAAAGCGCGUCAUCGAGCUAGUCAACGAAAAGGUUGCCCUCGACGUCCCAUCUGUUCUCGUUGAGCGCAUCCUCAAGGAGUUUCUCACCCACACCGUCCGCCCAGGCCGCGGCGACUCGGCCGCCAAGCCCGUCACACACUCCCGCCGCUCGCAGCGCGAUCAGCACAAGGCCAUGGCCUAUGUUAUUGUCCUCCUCCUCCACUACCACGGCUUCCUCCUCUCGCCCGUCAUCGUCCACAAGCUCCGCCUCGACCUCGGUAUCUCCAUCCAGCGCCUCCUGCAGCACGCCAAGACCCUCGGCUGCACCAUCAUCCGCAAGGGUAAGGCCGGCUCAGGCACCAAGCGUAAGCGCUCCGCAGACUCGGAAGUCGCUGCUAUCUCAGGUCCUGCCUACUCGAUCUCGCUCACCGUCCCGCUCGAGUUCCGCGACCUCGAGCGCCAGAAGAAGCGUGGGCCCGGUCAGGGCAAUUAAACCUUCCCCCCCCCCCCC